GGCGAGCUACACGAACGCAAAAUGUCAACAAACCCGAGGAAGGCUUUCUGGCCCAGAGAAAAUUAAAUUUGAACAGCAUUUCCAUGACGAUUUCGUCGAGAGAAAGAGCAGCAUCUCGAUAUAUGCAAUGGAAAACUACAGUAAAGGAGAGAAUGUUGAGUUUGAGUUGGUCUUGAAGGUUCCAGGUUGUUUAGAGCAGACAUCCCACGUGAAGGUGAACCCAAGCUCAAAAAUAAGGGACACUAUUAGCAUAGCUCUUGAUAAGUUAAAAACAGAAACACAGCUACUCUUUGUUGGUUCUGGGCCAGCUGCAGGUAAAGCUGUGUCCUGUGCAGAGAUCACCAAGAAACGUAUGAAAAAUCUUCACCAAAUCACUCAUCUUUGUUACAGAAUAGUAGAAGAAUACUGGGAUCCUAAAUCGGACGGAUUAGACCGUCUCUGCGUAACCAGAGAGAUCCCGACAGUUGCAAUACUCCUUUCCAAAGAACCCCUCGACAGUUCAAUUCCCGGAUACCAAGCUCCAGGUUCCGCAGGAGAUGACUUUUGGAAACACGACUCCCAAGCGAAAAGGAGGAGGAAUUUUAAUAGCACAAAAGACCAGAAGAACCGACCCCAAGGGAAACAGGGUGGCGCAUCAUCAUAUCCACAAGAAAAUUACAGAAAUCACAGACCUCGUAAUGACAAAGGAGACAAGCAAACAGGAAAAGCAGCACAAGGAGAACAGAACAAGAAGAGGCAUGAGAGCUGACAAAAUAGUUUAUAAAGCUCACAGGGACAGUGCGUCAAGUUACUGAACUGUGCUAAUGAACAUUUUAUUAAUCUCUCUCUUUUUGUGUGUGUGUGUGUUUGUGUAUGUGUGAAAAUGUUGUUGUUAUCAGUACUCUGGCAUUACUGAAUUAGAGACUUAAGUUUAUGUAGCACAAUUAAGCACAAUCAAUUAUGUUUGAUUAUUACGAAAAAAAAUAUAUUUUUCAUUAUUUAUAAUGGAUGUAUAGUCAGGGAAUCCAGUAAUUUUAUAAUAUGUUCCUAUUUAUUAGGUCUGAUACUUAGUUAAAAAUAUUCAAGGGAAUAUAAUGUAAAAAGAAAAUAUAUAUAUAAAGAAGCUGUAAUCAUCAUAUUACAGAGACACGGUUGUGAUAUCUAGAGUUAAUUACAGAAAAUGAUUUUGAA